AAGAGACAAGGGCUCCUAACGUCUUGCAGUUCUUGGUAGACACCGUAGCAUCUGAAUUGCAAAUCCUUACCCGGGGCACCGCGAACGAGAGGCACAGGCCCUAGCAUUUUUCGCCGAGCCGCCAAUGCAGCCCGCGGUCGUCCACUCGGGUUGAUCUCCUCGUCUUCGGCCGCAUCUGGACAACGAUCUGCUCGGACCCCCCAGUAUAGCAACCUACAGUUGCUUAGUAUGAAUCCCGACGAUCGCUAGGAAGACUAAAAAGAGGGAUUCCCACUUACAUAGUGUACUUUAUUUUCCCACCGUCGAUCACUCAUUUCACGGCCGCAUGCCCCUCGACAGAGCGGCAGCCUCCUUUCUAUUGUCCCGUGCGGCUCGACUCUGUCUAGAUUCCCUCGUUUAAAGCGUCUCUACAGCAUGGACGAUAGAUCUCCGGUACCCGUUGAGCGGGUUGAGAAGUUUGGCAAGGAAGUGGAUGACGAUGCCUCGUCGAUUAGGUCGGCGGCGCGGGGAGAUGACCUGCCAAAGGGUUACUUCUACUCUUUUGGGUUCCUUGGAGCCGUAGCUGGGUUCUGCUUGUCGGCUAUAUCAGCUUUCAUUUUCUUACUCCUGCCGACCAAUGUAUUAACGUACAUCAACGCAGAUAUAGGUCCAAGCCCCUAUAUCUCGUGGGUGAACAUCGCUAGGACUCUAUCUCUGUCCUUCACCUAUACGAUUCUCGGCCGAUUGUCAGAUCUCUUUGGACGACGGUGGUUCUUCAUCGGGGGCAAUAUUGUUGCCCUCAUCGGUAUCAUCGUGUGCUCAGUCGCCCAGAAUGUCGACAGUUUAAUCGUGGGCAGCGCGAUCUACGGUCUGGGAGAGACAGUUCAGUUGAGCUUCAACGUAGCCGUGGGCGAAUUGGUUCCUAACAAGCAUCGGCCGAUGGUCCUAUCGUUGAUCUUUGCAACGAACGCACCAAUUGCCGGCAUUGGCCCCAUGAUCGCUCGAGCUGUAUUGCAACACCCUAACAUGGGAUGGCGAUGGUGCUACUAUCUCAACAUCAUUGUGGUUUCCGUAGCGAUAGUCCUACUAUUCUUCUUCUACCACCCCCCAACUUUCGAUCUCCUUCACGAACGAAAGACUAAGACGCAACUACUGAAGCAACUUGACUACGUCGGAAUCUUUAUGUGGACUGCCGGUCUCACUCUCCUACUCAUGGGUGUGAGCUGGGGUGGCACUAUUUACCCCUGGAAAUCGGCCGCGACCAUCUCUUCGAUCGUAAUUGGAAUUGUUCUGCUCAUUGCGCUCUUCGUUUACGAGGCGUAUGCCAAGCUCGAAUACCCAGCCAUCCCAGUUCAGUUCUUCGCCAACCGAGGGUUUAUUAGUCUUGUCGCUUGCGCUACAGUUGCGACUAUGUCUUACUAUUCUGCAGUUUUACUAUGGCCUCAACAAGUCAAGGCUCUCUAUACUUCUGACAUCACCUACGGUGGUUGGAUCUCGUGUACCGUGGCUAGUGCUACAGCCUUGGGUCAAGCAUUUGGCGGUUUCUUCAUAAAGUGGGGAGGAAACGUUCGAUACUGGAUCAUCUUCUCGACUUUUUCCAUGGUCGCAUUCGUUGGUGCCUGCGCGUCGCUUACUCCCGACACCUUGCACGCCGGUAUUGCUUUCACGAUGAUCGGUCCUUUCUUCGUUGGCGUCAUCGAAGUUUGCGCACUCGCACUCGCCCCCCUUUUCUGCAAGCCCGUAGAUAUCGGUCUUGCGUCCGGUCUGUUGGCUUCGAUUCGAUCCGCCGGUGGUUCUAUCGCCGUGGCUGUCUAUAGUAGCAUCUUGUCGAACCGUCUUGCUUCGACAGUCCCUGCAAAUGUUGGUCCGGCUGCAAUUGCUGCUGGUCUCCCGGCGGAGAAAGUUCCUGCUCUCGUUACAGCCGUCCUGGGAAGUAAACUCGCUACUUUCCCGGGACUGAGCGACGCCGGAAAAGCUGCCGUUGCUAGUGUGUUGCCAAUAGCAUACUCGCAAGCAUUCAAGACCGUGUACCUGGCUAGUUUGGGAUUCGGAGGUAUUGCCAUUGUCGGCUGUCUCUUCUCUAAGGAUGCUCAGAAGCAUCUCACCGAUAAGGUUGAGCGCAAGAUGCACGGAAAGGCAACCGGGAAAGAUAGCCCAGACUCCGCAUCAUCGGCAUAAAGGGGGGAUUGACUAAGUCAAGUUGUGUUUGUCUUUAUCCUUAACGAAAGGACGACGUCUAACGCAGGAUUCAUUUGACAUGAUUUGAACGUAUCGUAUUUAUCUAAUGCUCAUGUUAUUACCGUUCUAAACAAUGAUACCAAUUUGUAUAUAUGUACCUAAGUAGCAAUAUUCUAGCGAAGGGUGGCAAUCGGAUUCAUAUUAUUGAUGUGCGAAUAGUAGUUGGCCUGCUAUUGGUCCUUAGGUCUGCAAACGCACUUCUAUACUCGUCAUGAGACUAAUCUUAUUUUUU